CCGGCAAGCAUCUUUGGCAUUAGGCAAGGGAAGGUCUUGCGGGCGCUCUCUUUCCUCCGCCGACGGCCUGGGUGGAAGGAGGCCUCCUCCGAUCAUGUCUCACCGCAAGUUCUCCGCUCCUCGCCACGGGCACCUGGGUUUCCUUCCUCACAAGAGGAGCCGACGCCACCGAGGGAAGGUGAAGACGUGGCCCAAGGAUGACCCGAGCAAGCCCGUCCACCUGACCGCCUUCCUGGGCUACAAAGCUGGCAUGACCCACAUCCUGCGGGAAAUCUACAGGCCUGGGCUCAAGGUUUCAAAAAGGGAAGAGGUGGAAGCUGUCACGAUCAUCGAGACCCCGCCUAUGGUGGUGGUCGGCCUGGUGGGCUAUAUUGAAACCCCUCGAGGGCUGAGGAAUUUCAAGACCAUCUUUGCCGAGCACAUCAGCGACGAGUGCAGAAGACGCUUCUACAAGAACUGGCAUAAAAGCAGAAAGAAGGCCUUUACUAAGUAUUGCAAGAAAUGGCAGGACGAGACUGGGAAGAAGCAGCUGGAGAAAGAUUUUGCAGCCAUGAAAAAGUACUGCAAGAUCAUCCGGGUCAUUGUGCACACGCAGAUGAAGCUCCUGCCGUUGCGCCAGAAGAAGGCUCACAUUAUGGAGAUCCAGCUGAACGGGGGAACGGUGGCCGACAAGGUGGAUUGGGCCCACGAGAGGCUGGAGAAGCAGGUUCCUGUCCAGACGGUCUUCAGCCAGAAUGAGAUGAUCGACGUGAUCGGGGUCACCAAGGGCCACGGGAUGAAAGGGGUGACGAGUCGGUGGCACACCAAGAAGCUUCCAAGGAAAACCCACAAAGGGCUGCGGAAAGUGGCCUGUAUCGGGGCCUGGCACCCUGCUCGCGUGGGCUACUCCAUUGCCCGGGCGGGCCAGAAGGGCUACCAUCACCGCACAGAACUCAACAAGAAAAUCUACCGCAUUGGCCGUGGGGUCCACACAGAAGAUGGCAAAGUGGUGAGGAACAACGGCGCCACCAAUUACGACCCAACGGAGAAGACCGUUACUCCCUUGGGCGGGUUUCCUCACUAUGGAGAAGUCAACAAUGACUUUGUGAUGGUGAAGGGGUGUGUGAUGGGCACCAAGAAGCGGGUGCUGACGCUCCGAAAGUCUCUGCUCGUGCACAGAAGCCGAAGGGCCGUGGAGCCGGUCGAGCUGAAGUUCAUCGACACCACCUCCAAGUUCGGCCACGGGCGCUUCCAGACGGCCCAAGAGAAGCGAGCGUUCAUGGGCCCGCAGAAGAAGCACCUGCUGAAAGGAAAGGUGGAGACUACGGAGGAACCAUGAGCGGUUUCUUCCAAGAUCCUCGCAGCGCCAGCAUCUUCCUCCCUUCUUCUUGCUUUAGGUGUUUGCAAACAUUAAAAUUCAGAAACAGA